UCAUGUAUACUUGGUGGAGAGCUGCUAAUAUACUAUUACUAUUGGGCAUUUCUGCUUGCCUGGCCAUGCCCAGGCAACGCAUUGAGACAGAUCCAGAGCUAACGGCUGGCUAUGUAGAAGGUGAUAUGGUUCCUAAUGGAAAGUUGCGAAACAUUUGGCGUAAUGAAACAUAUCGUUGGCCUGAUCGUACUGUCUACUAUCGCAUCAAUGGGUAUAUAGAUCAAGAACAUCGUGAUCACAUAGUGAAAGGCAUACGCACUAUUGAGUCGAUAUCUUGUCUGACAUUUAAAGAGGCAACCAGCGAUCAGCCGUAUUAUGUUAAUGUCACUUCAGAGGAUGGUGGCUGCUUUUCCUAUAUAGGCUAUCUGAAUCGGGUUCAACAAUUGAAUUUACAAAAUUAUCCCAUUGGUGAGGGCUGCUUCCGUCUCUAUACUGUGGUCCAUGAGUUCCUGCAUGCAUUGGGCUUCUUCCAUCAACAAAGCGCCGCAAAUCGUGAUGAAUAUGUCACAAUUGUCGAGGAUAAUAUUACCGAAGGCAUGGAAUUUAAUUUCGAUAAAUAUAGUGAAGAGACUGUUAAUGAUUUUGGUGAGGAAUAUGAUUAUGGCAGUGUUAUGCAUUAUGGUCCAUAUGCAUUUUCCAAAAAUGGUGAAAUGACCAUAGUUCCAGUCAAUGAGGAAGCUGUUGAUAUUAUUGGACAACGAUUGGAAUUAAGUGAAACCGAUAUCAAGAAACUCAAUGCCAUGUACAAUUGUCCAUAAAGACUAGAGUAUACAAGCGAUAAAAAUCAGUCGUAAAUUUUCUUUUUAUUCUGCCUUAUCUAAAUAGCUAAUAAAACGCCUGACAGAAUAUUGCUAAUCCGUAAAUAUUUUUUAUAACCUGGAAACCCC